GUGGCUUACUCACCAAUAUUUGUAGUGAGAGAUAGUGCUGGUGGUGAGAGAGGGGAAUCUGAUGGAAGGGUGAGAGAGAAAGGAAGCAUUAGUAUAAAUAAUGGGUGGUAGGAGUCUACGAGGAACUCUGUGAGGAGGAAGUCUGGAUCACCACCACCAUCACCACCAUGUCUAAGAUGAAACAUCUGCUGAGGAAACUUCAUAUUGGGGGAAAUUGUGAGGCCAACAAUGGCAGGCAAGCCUCCCCUUCCUCGGCGUCUUCUUCUGCUUCUGUUCCCGCCGACCAUGGCAGAUCAAAUGAGCCGCCGGCCAGAUUGGGGGGACGCAGAAGUUCGACGACGUCGCCGUCUUCGUCCGUGGGGCCGGCGAGAUCCAGGUCUGAUGGGGCGGACCGAAGGGAUGACGCCCUGAAUUUUAACCUGCUCGAGGAGGAAUAUCAGGUCCAGCUCGCGUUGGCGAUCAGCGCAUCCGAUCCCAACACCACCGAGGAUCCCGAAGCGAUUCAAAUUAAGGCUGUAAAGCGGAUCAGUUUGGGGUGUUCGCCUUCUCCAGCGACGACGCUCGUCGAAUUCCUGUCGCUCAGAUAUUGGAAGUAUAAUGUUGUUAAUUAUGAUGAGAAAGUGUUAGAUGGAUUCUAUGAUGUAUUUGGUGUCAUCCACGACCCAACUUUGCAAGGGAGGAUUCCAUCACUUGUGGAGCUUCAAGCAAAAUCAUUUUCAGAUGGUGUGAAUUGUGAAGUAAUUUUGGUAAAUCGAAGCACUGAUCCUAUCUUGAAAAGGCUGGAGCAAAAAGCAGCAUGCAUUGCCGCUGAAUGCCAUGCAUUAGAGCUUGGCCCAGUACAUAGUGGUCUGGUUCAAAAGAUUGCUGACCUUGUUGUUGAUACCAUGGGUGGACCAGUUAAUGAUACAGAUGAUAUUGCAAAAAAGUGGAUAGAUAGGAGUCAUCAACUGAAAACCUCCUUGAAUUCUAUUGUUCUUCCUCUUGGUUGCUUAGGAGUUGGACUUUCACGCCACCGAUCAUUACUUUUUAAGGUACUGGCAGACAAGAUCAAUCUUCCAUGUAGGCUUGUAAAAGGGAGCUAUUACACUGGUACUGAUGAAGGAGCUGUUAACAUGGUUAAGAUAGAUCAUCAAAGUGAGUUUAUCAUUGAUCUCAUGGGAGCGCCAGGGACAUUAAUUCCAGCAGAAAUCCCCAGUAGUCAUUCUCAGAUAUUUCAAUCUGACAUUAUGUGCUCAGAUACAAUUUCACAAACCAUUAAGGAGUUAUGCUUGGCUCUUGAUACAGGUGGUUGUCAUUCUGGAAGCAAAGAUGGAAAACUAAAGCCAAGCUUGGUUGAUUCAAAUAUUCACCCCCCAGCAACAAAUUCAGAUUCCUCAGGAGCUGCAAAUUAUUAUCUUGAAUAUGUAAGCAGAGGUAUAGGUGUUGAAACCAGUCAAGCUGAGAUGUUUGAACAUGAAUUUGGGAAGCUCCUUCCUUCAUUGGACAGUUCUUGUAAAAGCUUAGCCAGGAGAGAGGCAGAAACUCCUGGUCAACAAAUGAAAGUUAAAGAUGUUUCUACGUAUGUGAUCAGUUCUGCUCAAAAUCCGCAAUUUGCACAAAAAUUGCAUGCUGUUCUAUUGGAAAACGAGGCAUCUCCUCCUUCAGAUCUAUUCUCUGACAUACCUCACAUACCAGGGAAAGAAAUACAGCUUGGUCAACAUAGCUCAAUGGUAGAAAACUUUGGGGGUUGUGCAUCUUCAGACCAUGAAAUUUUUGCGGCUUCUGCAAGCAUAGAUUCAGAAAUGCCUGACCAUGAAAACGAUCAAAAUUGUUGCCUCAAUAGGAUAAACGAGAGAAUCUCUAAUAUAGUUGAUUCAAGAAUUGCUGUUCAUGCUUCCAAUUUGUCUGAAAGGAGGCCUGACAAUGGUGCUAUCAAUGGGGACAGACCCACGGAUAAAAUUGAUGAAACAGGAGGAUGUGUUAUCCUGCAAAAUUGUCAAGAAAAUAUAAAGGGCCAAGAUGUAAGCGAAAGAGAGAUGGUCAAAAGCAGCAAGCAUGACAUGGUCAAGUCUUUUGAUGGAAAAAUAAGCCCGGCAUUUGCAGACUGGGAAAUCCCAUGGGAAGAUCUUCAAAUUGGUGAAAGAAUUGGGCUUGGUUCUUAUGGCGAGGUUUAUCAUGCAGAUUGGAAUGGCACUGAGGUUGCCGUUAAGAAAUUCUUGGACCAAGAUCUCUCAGGGGAUGCAAUUCAGCAAUUUAAAUGUGAAGUGGAGAUCAUGCUAAGGCUGAGGCAUCCAAAUGUCGUCCUCUUUAUGGGAGCAGUAACACAUCCUCCAAAUCUAUCAAUAUUAACAGAAUUUCUACCAAGGGGGAGUUUGUUCAGACUUUUACACCGCUCGAAUGUUCAAAUUGAUGAGAAAAGACGGCUAAAGAUGGCUUUUGAUGUGGCUAAGGGAAUGAACUACCUGCAUACAAGCCACCCGACAAUUGUGCAUCGGGAUCUUAAGUCCCCAAAUCUUCUUGUUGAUAGGAACUGGGUAGUUAAGGUCUGUGAUUUUGGCUUAUCGCGACUAAAACACCACACUUUUUUAUCCUCAAAAUCCACAGCUGGAACACCUGAGUGGAUGGCACCGGAGGUCUUAAGGAACGAACCAUCCAAUGAAAAAUGUGAUGUAUAUAGUUUUGGCGUGAUAUUAUGGGAGUUGGCUACAUUACGUAUCCCAUGGAGCGGAAUGAAUCCAAUGCAGGUUGUUGGAGCUGUUGGGUUCCAAAACAGACACCUCGAUAUUCCAGAAGAGGUCCACCCAAUGGUUGCAAAAGUAAUACGUGAUUGUUGGCAAAGUGAUCCAAGUCAGCGUCCUUCCUUUGCCCAGCUUCUGGCUCCACUGAAGCAACUUCGACAACUAAUUGUAGGGAACACUUAAACUUUGCAGUUGGCCCAGGGAGGGGCAGCUUUAAUUGCCUUUGCAUAUUUCGUCCAUUGCGAUCUUGUCGUUUGGGUUUUGAUGCAGUAAGAAGCGCAGAUGGUCUCAAAGAAGUUUUAGCAGAUUAUUUGAAGCUUAGUGCUUGAAAGCACGUCUGCAGCACCUCAAGUUCCAACUGCUUCAGAUGAUUUUUUUUUUUCCUUCUUUCUGUCCACAGUGCGAAGCAUGGUGGGUCAGUGGAAUAGAAUUACCAGAAUGGUAUGAAAGGUGAUGAAUGUGAGACUAACAGGAAAAAAUAAUAGCUAGUAAAUAACAAAUAAAUAAAAAGGUAAUGGUGAGAGGUUAAGGGGACAUAGAUCAGAGAAACAGAAGGAAAACAAGGCGAACAAAAGAGUACUUGAGCCGAAAAGCCUAAAGUGUACACAGUUUGAUGUGAUUGUUUUUUCAUCAAUAUUAGCGUAGGAAAUGCACAAGCCGCAUUCCUAUGUUUUAAGCAUUUAUGCAUGUAAGGUAUCAGAUAACAGGUGUACAGAUCAAAUGUGAUUAUUGCUUGUCUGAAUAUUUCCGCAGGAAUGCAUAAGUGGCAGUCCUGUGUUAUUUAUUCUAUACAAGAAUUGUACUGGA